AGCAGCGAGCGCUGUCCGUCAGCGCAUGGUUGUCCCGGGAUAGGCCGUAAGGUUAUGAUGAGCAAAACCCAAAGACGGAUCAAGGUGCCGCCGCAGGGGAGUUGGGUAGGCUGAAGAACAAACACGGGAGCAGGGAAGGGGGGUUUUAGGGUUUUUCCCUGUUCCCGGCUUUUCUGGUUUGGUCUCCUUUAUCAGGUGGAGGCUACUCUUCCUUCGUUCGAGCGCUUGGCGCGGCGCUGCCGGCGCUGCUCGGCUUCACGCCCACACUGUCCUCGCCUCCCACCGCAGCAAGGGCGAGAGGAGGCCCCGGGCUCGCCCAGCUCCAGGCAGGCCCCUAUGGCCAGCUGGGGCGUGUUGCCCUCCCACGGUGGUUUAAGCUCCUCCCGAUCGUCUGCCUUGUGACAGCGGCCCGGCCGGUUCAUCACGGAUGCGCUCGGGGUUAAAAGUCUUUAUCUCUUUGUUCCUCAUGUGAUUCUGUGGGAGGAAUCUUGUUCCUCAGCCCUAGCCAGGCCUGUGGAGAGUCAUACAGUGACGGUGUGGAAGACAGGGGGAAGCAAACCUGUCAUCCCAGCAGGAGGGGGUAAUUUACUGUCAGAGGACUCGAGGACCUUGUCACAGUUUGCUUUCUCGCCAUCCUGCUGCAAACAAGGUGGUUCUUCUGUAACCACGGGGUUUUGCUUUUUGUUCUACCCUGAGCAUGUAAAUAAAGACUGGUUUGAGCUGUUUAAUUUUGCUUACUCUUGGGUUAGUUGUAAUGGUGCUAGGAUAAAGGCAGGAAAGUACCACAGGCAGGGUCUUAGUAGGAGUUCUAAUGCCAGGCACCUGCAAUAGUUAUUGAAUCCUCAUCAGGCAUAUCAGAACACUGAAUGUUUAAAUAAAAACAUACUGCGGUGUUUCUUGAUUAUUACCAGUGUGGCAUCCCAAAAGCUGACAACUUUGGAGGAGGAAAUGGAAACCUCCUGGGAGAAAAGAUGAGGAGGGAUCAUGCCUUUUUAUAUUGCAUUGGUUUUCUUUCUCACUUUUGUAGGGUGUAUUAGAUUGAUCUUGCUGUGUUUCUCCAAGUUGUGGCUGUAUUCAUUCUGACACCUUUUGGAGAAUGGAUGUAGCCCCAAAAAACAGACACUUUAGAGUUGCCUUCAUUUUUAUUGUGCUAAAGUGGCAGAAAGGUGUUAAGUGACAGAAAUGUGGCAAGCAGCUUCAAGGGUCUUUGGGACAUUGCUGAAAUGGUUAAUGAAGACUGAAAGAAUGAGGAAAAGGUCAGCUAACGUCACUCACAGUUAAUAUAAUUAAUAAUCUGCUGUGCUGAGGAGAGACUCAUGUUCUGGGGAACAUGAGUCUCUUUUUGCUGUGACAAGGGGAGGUGGGGUAACUAAGGAGAACAGCUAUUCCCUUUCAUCUCCUAUCACUGGCCGUUUUUUUCCCUUCAGUCAGCUGUGUGGUACAGGGAUGGUUGCUUUUUUUUUCCAUGGAGUUACAGUCUAGUUUUUCUUCCUUCCUGGGUUCUGAUUUUGUUGGUCAUCUUGUUCCUGAUAGCUGGACAUAAUCUGUUUUUAAGUUUAUGUUUUGAUUUUCUCUUCUUAUUCUGGUUUGUGGUGUCUUGGUUUGGGGGAGUACCUUUAGCUCUCUUUAAGCACAAUGUAUUGAAGAGAUUUAUCUGAGAGUUGAAUUUUCUAGGAUUUUUUUUUUAAUCCUCUGCAAAUGAUGCUAAGAUCGUAUUUUAUCUAUUUUGAAGGGAAACUAAACUUGUUGAAGUGCUUCAGAAACUGUUGAUAAUAAAACCUCUGGUGUGGUCUUGAAUACAAAAGUGGAUGUGAUGAAUUUAAAUGUGAAUUCUGAUGAUCUGCAGCAAAAGGAGCAUGUUCUGGCUGAAAGAACAGUUAAAUUGAUUAGUCUCUGUAUGUGGAUUUUCUUGAGAACCUGCCUGCUGUAUUCAGUGGUGUUGUAGUGCCUCAAGCGCAUCUGUUUACUGAGUUGCAAGUGCUAUGCUGUUAGAGAGGUUUGAAUUAAUCAGGUGUAGAUAGCUGCUGAAGUGGAACUUCAGGCUUUUUUCCUCGUGUAAUAGAGUUGGUUGAACUACAAAAAUUAACAACUGCAGUAUCAGUCUUACUGGAAAAAAUUUGUCUGCUAACUUUCUUAACCUUUUCUGCUGGUGUUUCUGCACCGCAGCAUAAGCUCCCUGUGAUGCUGGUAUUUUGAAAGUUUCUCCAUCUGCAAAAUAAUGAGACCAGCCUGAAGUUGAUUUGAAUCUUUCUUAAGCAAUGUUUGGCUCCAAGGGAACAUGGAGGCUUGUGCCUGUUAUCAGAUGGCAUAGGGGGUAUGUGCCUAAAAGCAAGGUCUGUUUGGCCUAAGAUGCUUGUGCUGCCCUGGGGAAUUUAAGCUUUAGUAAUGUUAUUGCAAAACUGAACUAUGAUAAUGUAUGAUAUCAGCUAAAAACCUUGGGUGGAAGGUUUCUGCUUCUUUCUUCUGUAAAGGCCUUGGCUGUAGAUUUACAGGCUUAGAUUUAUUAGGCUUUUUACUACUCCAGUUUGGGGUGCAGGGAGGGGAAAUAGACAUGCUAAUUUAGAUCUCAGAUGCCAUGAUUUUUAAUUCAAAGCGUUUGAAAUAUGUGUUGACUUGUAUGUCCAUAGUCACUUCCAUUUUGUAAAAGCAUCUGUGAAGCAAAGAUACAUGGCGAAUUGUUUCACAGGAAGGCAUUCUGAUUUAAUGGACUCUGGAAUUUGCUUCCAAGCAAAUUCCAAGCACUGCUUAUCCUGUGAAUGUGUGAUGGCACUUUAUGAUGUUGCUCUGACCUGACUGCAGUUCUGCUACCAGCAGUCAGAUAGGCAGCUUUGUUUACCAUCUGUAAGAUUUGAAGGAUGGAGAUAAGGGAAGCCUUUUGAAGCGCGUAUUUUCCAUGCACAAGGAAAAGCCUUUAUCUGGGUCAGUUAUAAAGUAUGCUAGGUAGUGUUAAAUACAUGGCUUAGUCUCAGCAGGGCUUUUUUGAGGGUGUUUUUUUGGGGUUUCUUCUCAUAGGGCUGUGGUAAGCACUUUGUGAUACAUGUGUUUGGAAACUGAAUGCUUAUUCAAAAUCUAAAAAAAAACCCCAAACAUUAAAAAGCCCUACACCCCUUCUGAUGUAACACCCUUUGCAGAGGGCCUCAGCAAAGCCUGGGGUGCCACCUCUGAGUCACUUGGCCGUGCAGCUGUAGCUGAGCAGGCAAACACCUCACUGGGACCAGAGGUCUGUAGCGGGGACAGUGCGUCAGCUCUGCCACGUUCCCACCAAAUCACACGCACGUGCCUCCCCACCGUGUUCUGACAUGAUGGCAGAAAGGCUGAAAUUUGCUACUAGGUGAAAUUGGUGAAAAGUUGUAAACUUCAGCUUGGAUCAAAUGCUUUCUGAAGCGUCGUCUGUGCCUUGGCAUCCACAGCACAAAGCAGGGAGUCUCUGGCGAUUCAUGAGCUUGAGAAACAGGACUGACGUGUGUGCUCUGUGAAAGAUGGCCUCCAUGCCAGGUACUCAGCGGAUGUCACUCUUGGCACUCAUGUUACGCAAACAGCUUUCAACAUGCAGAACAGGAGGGUAUGGGAUAUGCAUGAACAAGGCCAGGGACAGUCUGUUACAGCAGCUUUGUGGGCUUUAUCUUUUAUCCCCUUUCAGUAGAGGCAGCAAAAGAGCGACCCAGCCCAUGGCACUGCCUGUAUCUGAGCCUGUCCUCCGGCUGCUGCCUUUGACACUGACUGUCCCAGCAUAGCCCAGGAGUGAGGAUGUCCAGUGGCAGCGCUUUUGGAGAUGGUGUCUGUCUGUCUGUCCAAGGGCAGUAGUUCCAGCACACCACCACUCCCGGGCCGUCCUCUCGUCCCCUGUCACGGCGGUGCUCCCAGUGCCCUUUUCCCGGCUGCAGCCUCGGCCGCGGGGGCGGGCGGUGCCUCCCCCCGGGAGCGCGGGAUGGCUCCGGCCCGGCCCCACGGGCGGGGCCCGUCCCGGCUGACCGGCGGGCGGGGCCGCCGCGCUCAUGUGACCCCACGGAGCCGCCGCUGCUGCCGCCACCGUGCCCGCAGCCGCUGCCGCCAUGGUGCCGUCCCCGCUCGCCCUCCUCCUGGCGCUGGGCGCCGCCGCCACCGUCCUGGCCGAGCCCCUCCGCUUCGUUGACUGCGGUUCCGUAGACGGCAGCAUCCAGGAGGUGAACGUGAGCCCCUGCCCCACUCAGCCCUGCCUGCUCCACAAGGGGACAUCCUACAGCAUCAACGUCACCUUCGCCAGCAAGAUCGAGAGCCAGGGCAGUAAAGCAAGGGUGUAUGGGGAGAUGCUGCACGUGGACAUACCCUUCCCUAUUCCUGAACCUGAUGGAUGCAAGUCUGGGAUCCAGUGCCCCAUUCAGAAGGGCCAUUCCUACAGCUACCUGAAUAAACUCCCUGUGAAGAGUGAAUACCCCAGUAUUAAACUAAUUGUGAAGUGGGAGCUGGUAGAUGACCAGGACCAGAUGUUGUUCUGCUGGAAGAUACCAGUGCAGAUCACCAGCUGAGGAACCCUGCCAUUAGUAGGGCUUGGGGAGGGAAAAACCAGAAACAACACAGGCCAAAUUCUUUUAUAUAAUAAACAUUUCUUACUGCUUCCUUCAGAGCUCUGCAGCCUCUGAGCAGCCAGCACUGUGUUCCUUGCAAGAUCACCCACUGGCAGAGUCCUCUUACUGUGUUAAGGUGACACCCCUGGGGUGUUCUUCUAGCAGCUCAAAGGGCAGCAGUGUCUGCUGCAGGAGUGACUGAGCAUCAUCCACCAGCCGCUCUGCAGAGGCACUUUAUUUGUUACACAUGGAGACAUGGAGCUGUCUGUCCUCAGAAAGGAAUUUCACAGUGAUGAACCUGGCUAUUGUCUGAGCUGCUACCUGGUAACCCUUCAGUGCCUCUUCUAGAAUGCCGACUGCAUCCACUCUCCUGUGUUUCUCCUGCUCUGUUAUGAUCAGGAUGCCCCUGGGACCUGCAUUUGCUAUCCAUGCAGCUGAAGCAGAGGGAAGGAGAGGAGUCUUUCCUUGAGCUGCCAGCCUGCUUUAUUCUGGGCCUCUGCUCAAGCCAGCAGGACUCCAGCUGGGAAAACUUCCUUCUUGUGGAUGCAAAGCCAAAUGGCAUUCAAUGUCUCUGCAGGGAUGAUUCUUUCUCUAACUGAUGGUUUGCACUACUACUAACUUGGAGCUGCUGCAAGCUCCUGAAUCUCUUUUUAUAACCUUCCUUUUAAUAAAGGCUAGACAAAAUCUGCUUGUGUUACAUUCUGUA